AUGCUUGAAACCAAAGCGCGGAGGAACAGAGACGAGCAGCUGACGUUGGCCGUGGCCGAAAUCGUGUCGGCUUUGGUGCAGGCCCAUCGUGACGGUGUCAACGUGAACCUAAACCGUCUCAAAUCAUGUGUGUCGUCGAAGCACGGGCUGAGCUCACAGCCGCGUUUGUUAGACAUCAUCGCAGGGGUACCUCCGGAAUAUCGAUCGGUUUUGUUGCCCAAAUUGAAGAUGAAGCCGGUGAGAACCGCCAGUGGUAUUGCCGUGGUUGCCGUCAUGUGCAAGCCACACAGGUGUCCCCACAUAUUCGUCACCGGAAACAUUUGUGUUUACUGUCCAGGUGGUCCUGACUCCGAUUUCGAAUACUCGACGCAAAGCUACACGGGCUAUGAACCGACGUCGAUGCGUGCCAUCCGUGCGCGCUACGAUCCUUACCUACAGGCACGCAGUCGCAUCACGCAGUUGCGACAGCUCGGUCACCAGGUGGAUAAAGUUGAAUUCAUAGUCAUGGGAGGAACUUUCAUGUCGCUACCUCAGGAUUACAGGGACUAUUUCAUCAGGAACUUACACGACGCCCUUUCAGGCCACAGAAGCACCAGCGUCGCCGAGGCGGUACAUUACUCUGAGAGAAGCAAAAUCAAGUGCGUCGGCAUAACGAUAGAAACGAGGCCAGAUUACUGUGUCAACCGUCACCUGUCAGACAUGCUAUCGUACGGAUGUACUCGAUUAGAGAUCGGCGUCCAAAGCAUUUACGAAGAUGUAGCGCGGGACACGAAUCGCGGUCAUACCGUAAAAGCGGUAUGUGACACGUUUUGUCUCGCCAAAGACUGUGGUUACAAGGUCAUUGCUCACAUGAUGCCGGACUUGCCUAAUGUUGGUUUGGAACGAGACAUUGAACAGUUUAUCGAGUUCUUCGAAAAUCCUGACUUUAGGGCUGAUGGCUUGAAGAUAUAUCCUACGCUUGUUAUCCGCGGAACUGGGCUGUACGAGUUGUGGAAAACUGGGCGCUACAAAUCAUAUCCGGCGCAUGUACUUGUUGACCUUAUCGCACGUAUUCUGGCCCUUGUGCCCCCUUGGACCAGGGUAUAUAGAGUACAGCGAGACAUACCGAUGCCGCUCGUUUCGUCAGGUGUUGAACACGGGAAUAUAAGGGAAUUAGCACUUGCACGCAUGAAAGACUUCGGCACGAAAUGCCGAGACGUUCGCACCAGGGAAGUCGGGAUUCAGGAGAUACACGAGAAAGUUCGUCCGUACAAGAUUGAGCUGAUACGCAGAGAUUAUGUGGCUAACGGUGGCUGGGAGACAUUUCUUUCCUACGAAGAUCCCGAGCUUGACAUUCUCGUUGGUUUGCUACGCUUGCGCAAGUGUUCUGUAACGACGUUUCGUCCGGAAUUGAUCGGUGCAGUUUCCAUCGUGCGAGAAUUGCACGUUUAUGGAUCGGUUGUUCCGGUCAGCAAAAGGGACCCAAAAAAAUUUCAGCAUCACGGCUUCGGAAUUUUAUUGAUGGAAGAGGCGGAGCGCAUUGCUCGAGAAGAGCAUGGGUCGAAAAAAAUCGCCGUCAUAUCGGCAGUUGGUACACGUCAGUACUAUCGAAAACUCGGUUAUGAACUAGAAGGUCCUUAUAUGACUAAGGCACUUGUUUGA